AUGAACCAGUUCCACUUUGGCAAACAAAAAUUAGACUAAUUAUUUACAGCAAAUUAGGAAAGAUUUAUUGUGUUCUUUUACUUAAUUAUAACAUCGUUCUAUUUAUAGUUUUGAAUAUUAUGGCGCUAACAGUUAAAGGAGUGCCGUAGAAAUAAACAAGCAAAAUGCGUUCCGACCCCAGAACAGACACUGAGAAGGAGGCGGGCGCUUCUAUUUUACAAAGUUACGGAGAAUUCUUCAAAAAACAGCAUCAAGAUUAUCUGCUUGCCUCUAAUCAUGAUAACUGGGAAGAAAACAAAACUUAUUUACCUAUACAUGUUGCAAUGGAACACAAUGAAGUUACACCUAUUACUGAAUUGGUAUCCUCAGAUAACACUUUUAUGACUAAAGUUCUCAGUGUGCUCUCUUCGCUUUGCGUAGAAAUAGUAAAUUUGAAACAAGAAGCUUUUGAAAGGCAUUUCACAUUUCUAUCUGUGUUUGAAGAAUAUCCAGAAAGCGACAUCAGUUCCCAAAUAGAAUCCAUUUGCUUGUUGAGUGCAUUCACCACACGUUGUGAUGACACCUUGCGUAAUAUUUGCAGUCAAGUAUUUGCAAUUUUUACUGAAGGAAUUAUCAAUCUGAAUGGAAUCCAGCUCCACUACAUAAUUAACCACAUAGGAGAAUUGUUUACCAUUCUUGUUCUUUUGGAAUCUUUAAUUUCAAAUACAUCACUACCAGCAAAGUGGAGUAGAUACUGCAAGAAUCUCAAAAUGUUUGUUGAUAAGACAGAAGAUUCAGAAUUAAUUGAAGACAGAUAUAAAGCCAUGACCAGUGCUGCAGGCAACAUCACAUCUAAACUUAUGAAUGAUGACAUUGUACAAAACUCUCUUCAAAAUUUGCUAACAUUAAGAAAGAACUUAGUUGACAAAAACUGCACCCUGAUAUCAAAUGAGUUUAUACAAUAUCUCAAACAGGCUAUUAACAAUCUGGAUAAACUAAUACAAGAGAAGCCAAAUUCCACCAACAUGUACAAAUGUAUCAAAAUCAAUGCAUUAUUUGUGUUAAGUUCACAUUUAUUUGGAAACAUAGAUAAGAAAAUUUUCAAGUCAUUAAUUGACUUGGAUACAAAGGCACAUAGUGUUUAUAUAACUGGAACAAUGAUUUGGUUCCCGGAACAAUUUCUGCAAAGAUAUGCACCAUCGCAAAGUGCAAGCUAUGGGAAACUAUCUCAAACUAUGCUUAAAGCACGUCAAGCCUAUAUAGGUGCUAGAAAGAUGUCUCUAGCACGUGACAUGGCUCACUUGCAGGCCAUUUGCACCCAGUGGGUGUUAAAUGUAGAAGAAGCUUUUUCUGCAACUCAUCAUAAGCUCAAUGCUAAUGAAAUGAGUUUGCAUGCCAAAACAUUACUGGAUGGUCUUGACAUUGCAUCAAACAUAAACUAUUCUGUUCUUAUUUUAAUCAACUUGCAUGUCUCACUGGGGAUUCCCCUCUCAAAAAGCAUACUUAUGUCAUUGUUUGAAGUCAUUGAUAUGUUGAAAUGCUUGAAAAAUGCUGUUUCUCGGAAUUCAAACCAGAUGAUUAAUUCUAUUAAUAUGACUGUUCAACAUCUAAUAUUCCAAGCAACAUCUUCAAUUAUAGAAGUGAAAAAAACACUCAUGACUGACAAAAAUUAUGCCAAUAAAAGACUGGAUGAACUUACUUGUCUUGUAAUAGCAGAGAGAUCUCUCAGAGGAGCUGCCACUAUUGAACGCAAUGUGGCAGCAAAUAUUGCACUAAGCUUUGUGCCGGACACUACUUACUUAGAAGAUAGCUAUGUGAGACUUGGAACAUUACUUGAGAAAAUGCAGACAUUAUCAAAUUUUAUGAAAUCUAUUGACAAUUUAUGCAACUGUUCCUGGAUGUUAUGGCAUCAACAUGUAGUGCCUAUAUAUUUUGACCAAAAUUUCACAAUCCAGUUAAAUGCAUCAAAAUUAAAAUAUUUCUUAAUGGUCCUAGAAGAUUGUGCAAGGCUUUUGCAUAAAACUGAUCAACAGUUUAAACACAACAAGUCAGACAAAUAUGUGACAAAUAUAAAAACUAUGAUAGAUGAGAGCAUAUUAACUACCACUAGCCAAAAUAUAGAAACAAAUUUACGUUUGCACAUCCAUUCCCAUUUGCAAUUAGAUGUAGUAAAUCCAUUCUCAUUUGAUAUGGCUAAAAAGUUAUUACUGGUGAUCGACAAUUUCAGAGUUCAAAGCAUUUAUAUGUCAGUGGUGCCAACUGUGGAGCAUUACUUAUCAACAAUGUAUUAUAAUCUGACAACAGUUGUUCUGUCUGAUUGGAAGACUUAUGGAGAGAUGAGACAAAUGGCCAGAUUCAAAUUUAAUCUCAAAACUAUUCAAGACAAUCUUCCCACACAAACAUUAGAACAAGGUUUAGAUGUUUUGGAGAUUAUGCGCAACAUCCACAUAUUUGUCUCGAAGUACCUUUACAAUCUGAACAAUCAAAUUUUUAUUGAGAAGAGCAGUAACAACAAGCACCUCAAUUCUAUAAAUAUUAGACAUAUUGCAAAUUCGAUUAGAACCCAUGGCACUGGUAUUAUGAACACAACAGUCAAUUUUACAUAUCAAUUCCUAAAAAAGAAGUUUUUCACAUUCUCUCAAUUUAUGUAUGAUGAGCAUAUCAAGUCAAGACUAAUCAAAGAUUUGAGAAACUUUAAAGAGAAUGCAGAUAUGCAAGAUAACAUGUAUCCAUACAAAAAUGCAGAAAAGUUCAAUAAAGGCAUAAGAAUACUUGGCCUCGCUGAUGAUGGACAGAGCUAUUUGGACCUAUUCAGAGAUCUAAUUAGUCAAAUUGGAAAUGCUAUGGGUUAUGUAAGAAUGAUUAGAUCUGGUGGGAGACAUUGUUGUUCAGAUGCUACAGUGUUUUUGCCCAGUCUGACUAUAAAUAAGUCUUUCAAGGAUUUAUCUGAAGAAGAAAACCUAGAACAAGACACAAUUAGAGCAUGCGAAAAUUUAGAUCAGAACAUAAAUGGUCUGUUAUCAAAUUUUAUACAAGGUACAGAAUACUUUAAACUCCUUGUGGAUGUUUUUGCUCCAGUAUUUCGUAAUCCCAAAAAUAUACACCUUAAAAACUUCUUCAUUAUUGUACCACCACUCACACUGAACUUUGUUGAACACAUGAUACUGUCCAAAGACAAAAUGUCCAAGAAAAAUAAGGUUGGAGCAGCUUUUACUGAUGAUGGAUUCGCCAUGGGAAUAGCAUAUAUUUUAAAGCUAUUAGAUCAGGAUUCCAACUUUGAAGCACUCCAUUGGUUUGAUUCAAUUUGGAAACAUAUAGGAGAUGAAAAGAGAAUGCUAGAGGAACAGAAAAAUAAAGGAUCUAUUCAGUUACAGCAAGCAUUAGCUCUUACUGAAAAGAAAAUCAAAACUAUUGAAGAGGAAUAUAAACUACUUUAUUACAGUCUUACUAGUGCAAGAAUAUUUUUCAGAUAAGUAUAAAACAAGAUACCUAUUUAAUAAUACAUUUAUAAAAUAAUUAUAUAGUGCAAAUAUGAUAUUAAUGUACAAUAAGAAUAAAAUAAAAAAAUAAUCAUU